CCACACCAAGCUGGGGCCAUGGGCUCCUGUAUAACUAGCAACUGUGCUAGAGGGUGGGGACAGAGCAGCAGCCAUGACCCCUACUCACACCUGUGCACUGUGAUAAAGAAAGUAGAAGUAGCCAGCAGCUGUGGUCCAACCAGAUAAAACUUUUAGGCGGGAAGUCAAGUGAAAAGUGAGCUUGUGUGUGUAAGCUGUUAAUUGCUUUUGAAAUUUUUUAAAAAGGCAGCUUGAGGAAGUUGGACCACAUAGCAGGAAGGUAUUGCAGCAAGAUGGAUUUGGGAAAGAACCAAUCUCGUUUGCCACUGCAUCAGACACCUGAUUCUCACCAAGAAAACUACGUUCCAGAAGUGAUUGGAACUUGGAGUUUGCGAAACAGAGAGCAGCUCAGGAAAAGAAAAGCUGAAGCACAAGAAAAGCAAACUUCACAAUGGCAGUUUGGAGAGAAAAAAUACAAGCGGCAGAGAACAGGAAAAGGAAACCAAAGGGGCAGAAAGAAUAAACAAAAUACAGAACUGAAGGUGGAGUCUCAGUCACAAUUAGAAAAGGAAAUGAUGGAGAAUGAAAUGACAUCUAAAACACAUGAAAACAUAGCUGGCAUGGAAGGAUGCGCUCUUGAAGCAUACCCCAAACCAGAUGUGCCUAAAGGCUACACUCUUGAAACACACCAAAAAAGAGCUGAACCCAAGGAAGACAGUACUGAACCAGGUCAAGGAAUAGCUGGGACUGAAAACUUUCCUCCUAAAAUACAACAAGAAAUUGCUAUGCCUAAAGACCUUUCUACAAAAGCAUACCAAGAAACAGUUGAACCUGAACACAUUUCUCAUAAAGCAUACGAAGACAAUUCUGUGCCCAAAGCCCUCUCUUAUAAGACAACCCAAGAAACACCUGCUCAUGAGGAAUGUCCAUCUGAAAUACACAUUUACCAAAAAACACCUGAGCCUGAAGAUUGUGCACCUGAAAUAUACCAAGAAAAACAAGGGCCUGAAGACCUCUCGACUAAGCCAUACGAAAAUAAGAAUGUGCCUACCGAAUGCUUUCCUGAACCAAACCAAGAAGCAGAUGGGCCCCAAGGCCAGGAUCCUAAAGCAUACCAGGAAGAUGCUAAGGCUGUUCAUACUUCUUCUCAAGAAAUGAAAGAAAAACCCAAAGCACAAGAACCAGAGACACCAGCAAUUCCAAACGUUCCUCAAGAGAUUCACCCAGAAAAUGACGUCUAUAGUUAUGUUUUGUUUUAACAAUGCUCAAUCAUAACAAUUGUGCAACAAAAUACACAUCUUAUUACAUGUGACUUUUCUCAAAAUAUUGUAGCAAUCUCCACAAUAUUCAUUCAUAUUUUAAUAGUGUGUUCUUUUUCCAUGUAUAGAUCAUAUCUGAGAGAGAGAACUAAUGUGUUUUCCAGGCUAUACUACAUAGACAACAACCUACAGUGUGUGUGUGCAUGUGUGUGUGUAUGUAUAUAUAUAUAUAUAUUGGGGUGAGGAUAGUGGUGGGGAAAGACGAAAAUGCGAAAGGGGAGGGCUGAAUAAUUAACUUGCCCCUAAUAUUUUUUAUUAAUUAUUUUUUAAUUUACACCUGUGGAUAUUUUUUCAUUGAUUUUCGGAGAGAGAGUGGAAGGG